UUUUAAUGUCAAAGAGUCUAACUGUCAUUAAAUGGAAAUAUAUCAGUCUUGUUUCCUCAAUUUAUUUGAUAACUAGAUUGAAAAAUUAAAAAUAACAGUUGUUUUGCGUAAUAUGGCUGGGCAAGAUCAAAACAACUGUAACCAAAAUGGCAUUGCAGAAAACAAUGACAUUGAACCAACUGAACCGAGCGACGAAAGUGUCGUGGAAGAAUACAUCAUGCUAGAUUCGAAAUUGGAUGAACUUAAUUCUGCUUUGGAUUAUUUGGAACAAAAAAAUGAUGAUAUUCAUGAACGGUUAAAAGAGCUGUUACAGUCAAAUAUUGAAAUCAGACAAGAAUUGCGCAAUGAAAAUGCAGAAACAUCUGGAAAUAAUUAAUUCAUAUGAUUAAUUUCCAAACAGUAUUUAAUUUCAUUUUAUUGAAAUUGUACAAAACUUAGUUUCCAUUAAUGUAAUACAAUUCAUUUAAAACUUAUUUAUUUGUUCAUUUAUCUUCUGUUAAAUAAAAGGUACUAUUAAUUGUUUUAA